AGAUCAAAGCAAAAACAAAACCCCAGGAAGGCAGAGAGGCCAAGAACUGGAGCCUGAGACGGAGAGGGCAAAGCGCUUGGUGUCCACUUCGCUCACCACACUUCCCCUCUUUCCCGCCUGCGUGAGGCCUCGUACUCUCACCGACACAUGGGCCCUACCACCCGCGCCCGCUUCGUCCACAACCGCCGCCGCCGCCGCCGCCGCGGGCCGUACGCCGCCCCCGACGACGACGACGAGGAGGAGGACCAGCAGGAAGCCUCCUCGUCUUCCUCAUCCUCCGACGAGGGAGAGGAGGAUGCUGAGGAGGAGGGCUCCGGAGAAGUCGAUGACGAUGAUGGCGAAGCGGCGGAACCCUCGGGUAAGGAGGAGGAGGUGUCCCCCGUGGCUGCGGCGGCGAGGAGCGGGAGGAAGGCCUCGAUCACAAUUAGUCUCAAGAAAGUGUGCAAGGUUUGCAAGAGUACAGGGCAUGAGGCCGGGUUUAAGGGAGCAGUGUAUAUCGAUUGCCCCAGGAAGCCUUGUUUCCUAUGCAAGAUGCCAGGCCAUACAACCUUGACAUGCCCACAUAGAGUAGCAAUGGAGCAUGGUGUUAUCCCGGCCUCUAGAAGGAACACAAACACUUCACUGGAUUAUGUGUUUCAGAGCCAAGUUAAAGGCAAGAUUCCCAUGGUUAAGCCUCAGUUUCUGAUACCCAAUCAACUGGAGUGUGGGAACAUAAAAUUUCACCAGAGGCGUGUGACCUGCUUGGAAUUCCAUCCAACUAAGAAUAAUGUGCUUUUAUCAGGAGACAAGAAAGGACUAUUAGGUGUUUGGGAUUACGUCAAGUUGCAUGAGAAGAUUACUUAUGAUUCUGUGCAUUCUUGCAUUCUCAACAGCAUGAAGUUUGACACUACCAAUGAUGGAUUACUAUAUACAGCCUCUUCUGAUGGUACUAUAAGUAGCACAGACUUGGACACUGGAAUUGGCUCCUCUCUGCUGAAUUUAAAUCCAAAUGGCUGGAAUGGUCCGAGCACUUGGCGCAUGAUUUACGGGAUGGACUUUAACUCUGACAAAGGUCUUCUUUUGGUGGCGGAUAGCUUCGGUUUUCUUCACUUGCUGGAUAGACGGUUGAAGGCAAGAAUUGGAGAUCCAAUUCUUAUACAUAAAAAGGGUAGCAAGGUUACCAGCCUCCACUGUAACCCUGCUCAGCCUGAAGUUCUUCUAAGCAGUGGAAAUGAUCACUAUGCCCGUAUUUGGGAUACAAGGAAGCUGGAGCCCAACUCUGCCUUUGUGAGCCUUGCUCAUGGAAGAGUUGUUAAUUCAGGAUAUUUUUCCCCACAAAGUGGGAAUAAGAUCUUGACAACAUGUCAGGAUAAUCGAAUCCGUGUAUGGGAUUAUAUUUUUGGUAAUCUGGAAUCCCCAAGUAGAGAGAUUGUUCACAGCCAUGACUUCAAUCGUCACUUGACUCCCUUCAAAGCAGAGUGGGAUCCAAAGGAUCACACAGAAACAGUUGCAGUUAUUGGUCGUUACAUAAGUGAAAACUACAAUGGGAUUGCUCUACAUCCCAUUGAUUUCAUAGACACCAGUACUGGGAAGCUUCUGGCUGAGGUGAUGGACCCUGACAUUACAACUAUCAGCCCGGUGAACAAGCUACAUCCGCGAGAUGAUAUCCUGGCUUCAGGAAGUUCAAGGUCCAUUUUCAUUUGGAAACCAAAGACUGAAAGUGAUGCUACUGAAGAGAGGAACAGAGAGAAGGCAAAGGAAUUUGUAUAUGGAUCAGGCAGCCGGAAAAAAUCAAAUGGCAAGCAUGAGAAUAGCAGUGAUGAUGACUCAGAUGGCAGUUGUGAUGGAAAGAAGAAGAAGAAAGCGAAGAAGACUCGCUUCACUCAUACCAUAAAGGGGAAGGGCAAAUCCAAGGUUUGAUAUAUAUAGUGAAGUUGAUGCACCAAACAUUUUGACAUAAACCACUUAUUACCAGCUGCUGCAGCAUCAUUUUUGUACUGUAUUGCCUCCUUAGCUGAAAUGCUGGAGGCUCGUAGUUGUAUACUGCAGCAGUCUUGAGUAAAAUGUUUAGAAGUGGUAGUCUCAGUUAGUUUUGAAUGCUGACAAGAUAUGCUUGUCGACAAGAAUGCAGCUAUGUAUAUAAAGUUACUGAAUGGCAAUAUACUGAUCCGCUACGUUGCUAAGUUA